UAAAUGAUAUGUUUCACGCAAAUCCGACAAGUGAGAGUCAGGCCUGGGAAUUUAAACACCCUGAAUUUCGUCGUGGGCAUCUCGAUGCUUUACAAAAGAUUAAGCGUAAAAGCUCAAAACAUCAACCAUCCAAUAUUAAUAAUAAAAGUUUAUCUAGUACUGGUGCUGGACAAAAUCCAUCAUCAGAUAUUAAUGCCGCUAAUGUUCGAGAUGAAAAGAUUGAAUACUUAACAAAUCAGAUGGCAGAGAUAGCGGAGAGAAUGCGUCAAAUGAACGAAAAUUAUAGUUUGCUUUAUGCUGAAACCGUUUCAUGUCGAAUGCAACAAUCGAAGCACGAAAAGGUAAUUACUGAUAUUGCAAAUUUUCUUUCAUCAAUAUUACGUGAAGAAGAAUCUAAUGAUCCAAGAAAUUUGAAACGAAAAUUUGAUGUGGAUUGUAUACAAGCAGAAAUAGCCAAAUUUGGGCAAGGUGAUAUACCACCCUCCCCUCAUCCUCCUAUGAUGCAAUUUUCUCCCCAUUACUAUAGAGAAGGAAUGCACCCAACUCGUUCAAUGUCAACUCCACAACCUAUGGUUGGAGUUGAGUCUACUUCCUCUUCACAUCAUUCUUCACAGAUGUCUGAUGUUGAUUACCGCUCAUCAUCAUUCUUGGGCUCGCAAUCUCUUCAUAGAUCGCCCACUAAAAUUCCGUCAUCUAGUCCCUUAUCCAUGUUACCGGAAUUACCACCAUUUACACAUCAUAAAUUUCAACCUAGUAAUAAUUAUCUUCGGCAUCGUUCUCCCGAGCCGAUAUCGAAUGCGUGCCCUAGUGAUGAAUCAAGAUCUUCAUCUAUGGACGCUUCUUACAAAUCAUCAUCUAUGCAAUCUGCAAGCUCUAAUUCUUCACAAACCACACAGAAAUUUUCACAUUCUGGUCGUUCAUCAACACAUCCACCGCAUAUGCAAUCUGCGAGUACACCAAGUCGACGGGCGUCGCAACCUACUACUUCUUUAAGUUUUGGAUCUGAUAGCAAUCUAUUAAAUCCAUCCGAAACCAACAGAUUUAAAGAUAAUAAUUCAUCUACAAUACCAAAAUCGCAAAGUGCCACAUCUUCAUCUCCUACUUCCUACAGUAAACCUGAAAAUCCAAUUAUUGCCAAUCCUACGACAACACAACAACGGCCACCUCCAUUACCUGAUCCUCCGGACAAUGAAACGGAACAUAAACGUCGCAAGAAAAAUUAA